AUUGUUUUCUAUUUGUCCGGGUCGCAGGUGGGAGGCGAGGAACGCUGGGGUUCUGGAUCCUGGCUGCUCGCCAGGCCACUGGCCUUCGGCCCUAGGGUCACUGGGCGGCCGCGCCUCCAGAGCAGGAGGAGGGAACGCCUGGGUCCGCCUGGGUCCACUCCCGGCUCGGCCAUGGGCUCCCGCAGCUCCCACGCCGCUCUCAUUCCCGACGUGGAGAACAUUCGGCGGGAGACCGGCUUCUCGCAAGCCAGCCUGCUCCGACUCUACCACCGGUUCCGGGCACUGGACAGGAGCAAGAAGGGCUACUUGAGCCGCGCGGAUCUCCAGCAGAUCGGGGCGCUGGCUGUCAACCCGCUGGGGGACCGAAUUAUAGACAGCUUCUUCCCCGAUGGGAGUCAGCGAGUGGAUUUCUCAGGCUUUGUCAGGGUUCUGGCUCAUUUUCGACCUAUAGACGAUGACACAGGAGUCCGAGACCCCAAGCAACCCGAACCCCUCAACAGCAGAACGAACAAACUUCGCUUCGCCUUCCAACUCUAUGACCUGGAUCAGGAUGGAAAGAUCUCCAGGCAUGAGAUGCUGCAGGUUCUCCGGCUGAUGGUCGGCGUCCAGGUGACAGAGGAGCAGUUGGAAAGCAUCACCGACCGCACGGUGCAGGAGGCGGAUGAGGAUGGGGAUGGGGCUGUGUCCUUCCUGGAGUUCACCAAGUCCUUAGAGAAGAUGGACAUCGAACAAAAAAUGAGCAUCCGGAUCCUCAAGUGACGCCCUCUGCAUCUCUGGCUAGCUCACGCAGACCACUCUCUGCUUGGGAUUCAUCCUCAGCCUUCACGGAGGCAGGAUCUCUAUACGCCAUUCUUAUUUCUAAACUGAACUCCAGGGUCAAGGGGGAAAAGCUGUAUUCUAAAGCUUAGCUCCCUUGAUCUCAGACCUGUCAAUCAGUCUGCCAUCGUUGGGUUGCAAGUGACAGAAAAUCCAAUUGAAAGCAGCUUAAGUCAAAAAAGGGAUUUUACAGGCUCACACGAUUAAAAAGUCUGGCAGUAUGUGUCGCCAGACACAACUGCAUCCAAGGGCACAAUGGUGUUAGGGCUGUUUUCUCAGCUGCGUUUCUCAGCCCAGCUUUCUACCGUGCGGACACCCUUCUCCAGAGGGCUCUUUCCUCAGGGCGUAGAAUGGCUGCCAGGGCUCCAGACUUGCAUCCUUCCAGCCGAGUAACACAGUGGGAAGGGAUUCCUUAUUCCAGUAAUUCCAAGGGAAGAGUAUCAUUGCCCCAACUGGGGUCUUGUCGGGGAAUGAGAGACUCUAAUUGGUCAGACCGGUGUGAUAAUCUAAGUCCUAGAGACAGAAAAUGAGGUUUGAAGAUGCAGGAUGGGGUGAGAGGCGGUGGCUUACUGGAAAAUGAAGUACCGUUAUAAGGAGAAGGGGAAAAAUUGUGUGUGUGUGUGGUGUGUGUUGCUGUUGAUGUUGUUUUUGUUCAGGCAAGACAAGAUACGUCCAUUACUGUUUGGUUGACCCCAAUACAGGCAUCUUUGAAAUCUGGCCUCUUAAAUAGGUUCUCACUGAUUCCAUGAAAGCAUGACAGUGUAAUAAUAGAGGCGGGUGGUCGAUUGGGAAAUGAUGAGAAAACAAUAAACAAUACAUACUUUCCUGAGAGUGUGAAGUUAUCCCAAGGUUUCAAGAGCAUCUGGGCACAGUGCUCAGAGGCUUAGGAGGCCGAGACAGGAGGAUUGCAAGUUCAAGGUCAGCCUCAGCCACUGAGUGAGGCCCUAAGCAACUUAGUGAAAUGAAAAAUAAAUAAAGGACUGGGGAUGUGACUCAGUUGAGUGCCCCUGGGUUCCAUCCCCAGUACCCCCCCAAAAAAUACUAAUAAUAAGAUUUGAAGAGUAAUCCUGUUACAAGAGGUUCAAACAUGGAUAUAUCACAGAAUAGAAAUAGCAAAGUCACCUAACAGUGCUCUGGCCGUACCGGUAGGAACUGCUGUCAGUACCCAGCCAGGUUCCUCUUAGGGAUGUGCAGGAGCUGACUUGUCUCAACACAUGAGAACCAGUAUCUUUUUGACUCUGCAUUCAGUGACAUUAAGUGGGCAGCUUGAAACUGGCAAUAGUGAGGAUAUUUGUAUAGGCCAAUGCGACAGACCAGGGCUCUCCUCUGGGAGAGCCAAUGGUCCCACAUUUAACAUCCACGCCCUGCUUGGCACUCACUAUUACUGUAUGUGCCAAUGGCUUUGACCCUCCCCUGGCACCUGCAAUACUGUGCUUGGGGUCUUUGCCAGACAUAGUCAUGUCCUUAACCAGUGUGUUGGGCAGAUUGGAGGUACCAGAAGUUAAUGACCCCUGGUGCAGCUCUUAACCAAGGACAGAUGGAAACUGGAAGAUAAAUACCCAGUUACUGCACCUUUCGGGUGGGAUAAUUUGGAGGCACACUGUCGUAUUGUGCAUGGAAAUCCCCAGGUGUGUCCCCAGUAGCACGCGGUGUUCACCCGCUUGUUAAAGCACCCUGUCCAGCUUCCCUCCCUCUCUGUCCCACUGGCCUGCUCCUCUCAAUGUGUCCAGGUCUCAGGAUGUACCCGACCUUCUGGAACACAAGCUCUCACUCCCACGCGGCUGGAGAACUCUCUGGAACAGCGUGAAGAACUGCAUUAAAGGAUUGUAUAACUCCCGGCAUCUUCUUAUUUCAAGAAGUUUGAGGUCAUCAAAUGCCUGUGAACCUUUGGGGCCCCAGGAACCUGGAAUUGCCUGGGGUGACAUACUAACCCCAUUCCGACCUUGAUGUUUUGAUUAUAGUAGGAAUCUGAGAGAUGAGUCCCAUAGUUGGGGGGCAGGCAGAGAUGAGGGAUAUUUGAUUCCUUGGGGAAUUUUGUGAUUUUUGUCAGAGGAAUGUCACAUGAACAAGGAUUUUCUGAUUGAGGGGUGUUCAUUGAGCCUUUGACCCCAAUUAAAGGCAGGGGUGGGGAAUAAAAGUCACCCAGUGGCCAUUUUUCCCCCAGGCACUGUGAGAGAUUUGUCUGUAGAGACAAAUAGAAGAGAGGUGGAGAGAGGGAAGGAAAAGGGAAGAGAGAGAGAGAGAGAGAGAG